AAACUUGCAAAAUCUCAUUAAACCAGUAGAGUAAGAAUAUAUUUUGUGCAGCAAACAAAAACAAAACAAUGGGAAGGCCAAAACCAGAGGACUCAAUUCGACAUUUCAGUCAUCCACAUCCAUUGUUCCACUCAUCUCUCAAUCCUCCAGACCAAUCUUCUUCUUCUUUUUGUUGCGUGGUUUGCAAGCUAAAACUCCUAAAUCUUCCUUCAUACUCAUGCAAACCUUGUAAUUUCCGCAUCCACCGAAAAUGUUCCGAGUUACCUCAAAAAAUCAGACACCCUUUCGACAAAAACCAUCUCCUCUCUCUAAUCCCCUCUCCCAAAUACCAAGAAGGGCUAUUCCGCUGCGACGCGUGUGGAAAAGACGGUGAUGGAUUCGCUUACCACUGCGGAGAUUGUGGAAUCGAUCUUCACACGGUUUGUGCCAACAUGCCUUCUCGAGUCACCCACCAAUCUCACCCUCACCACCAACUUUCUUUAACUUUUUCCAUGCCAUCGGGAGGACCGGGAUCCGCUGCGGCAUCUAGCUUCAGCUGUUGCGUGUGCCGUGGUCUAGGGUCUAACUCGUGGCUCUAUAGCUGCAGAGAGUGUGGUGGAUUCGAUGCUCAUUUGUUGUGUGCUAGAAGAAAAUUUGCUACUCCAACAAAUUUGGUCCAACAUGUUCAUCAAAACCGGAUGCAACCGCAGUUUAUUGGCACGACGCCGUUUGUUAAUGUUCCUAGUCCGGUUAUUAAUAAUCCGUAUCCUUUGGUGUUGCCGACGAUUACGAGUCCUAUGAUUAGACCGAUGAUUAAUGAGAUGAUUAAUAAUCUUGUAACCAAUACGCCACAAAAUCCAAGCCAAGUCUCUCAGCUUCAUGAAUUGCUCGGACCAUUGGGAAUGGGCAGUGGUGGACCGGUUGAUGGAUCCGGUUCAUCUUCGUCUUCUGGUUUUCUCGGGUUUGAUCCGUCGGUCUUCUCAUCAGUUGACCCGUCGGUGUUUGCUGGAUUUGACCCUUCUUUGCUUUCCACUUUGUUCUCCGGACUUGAUUUCUUCUCCUAAAGUUUUUGAGUAAAUAUAUGCACUUUGCUUUUGAUCGACUUUUAUUUAUUGCGUUUGUAGUAAUUAGUAAACCAUAAUUACUCAAUGUUGUGUGGUUACUUAAUGGGACUUAUAGACUUCAGAUAAUUUAAAUUUUCUCCCUGUUAGGUUUA